AUAAUAAAUCGCGGAAAAGAAGAAAGCAUUAUCAAGAUGUAGACUUGAUCUGCAAUCCCAUAGCAAGGAACCCACUAUCUCCGUCUGAUGGGGUCGUCUAUCUGUAUGACGUCGCCAUCCAUUAUGAAUGACUUCAUGGCACAGGAUAAUAAAGAAGGGUAUCUAUAUUGAAGUGGUUAAACAUCAUGGCCGAGAAGGAUAUAGAACCAGGAACAAUGCCAUCGAUUGAGACACAACCCAAGCCCGUGGUCAGGAAUCCUAUAGCCAACGACGCAGCCCCGACCGACAGUCAUAUACUAGCUCGGGCAGACCAUGGAGAGAAAGGAUUAAUACAACAAUCUGGCGUGAAGGAAGAGACCACUGACGUUGGGUGGACUCAAUCGCACCAGGAAAUUAGGGAGCCGCUGGUAGCGGGACUGUCCAACGAAGAUCUAUGGCUGCUGGUCAGACGUUUCAACAAGCAAAUAUACUACGUCAAAGCAGUAUCAGAUGCACCGCUCCAGAAACUUGACCUCAACCGGGCAGAAGAUGAGGAAUUCUCCCCUGAUAAAUUAAGGGCAACAAUUGAAAGGUUCUAUACUACAGUAGUAGUUGGACUCACCUGCGCUGUCAAGCACAUUGCGCGGUUGCGAUCUUGGAGAGAGCCUCGGCGAACAGCAGCAUUCUGCUCAGUCUAUUUUACAGCAUGGCUGUUAGAUUUGGUAGUUCCAAUGCUUCUCGGCGUCCUCGUCGCGUUGGUCGUGGAGCCUCGAUGCCGCGAGGUCCUCUUCCCUCCAGCCCCCAUCGCACUGGUCAGUUCUUCUACUGGUGGCGUUCAGAAGCCCAAAGCCGGUGUACUUGGAUCGCACGACAGUAUAACUGGAGCGCCAGAAAGGUUGAAAGGCGAAGCAGCGGAGCAAGAAGCCAGCAAUUUCGUCGCCAGUGUCGCCAGUGUCGCCGUGGGAAGUGCUGCCGGCAAGCACGACCAAGCUUCGCCCACAGAGGAAACGGUGGAGAAGGAUGUCCCGGAUCCCAUGGAAAUCGUUUCGCGGACGGCUGAUGCGCAGACUGCGGCAAAAGGCGAUGUCCCGGCCGAUACCCACGACAAGACCAGACAGCCUAUGAAGCAGGCAGUGAUGGAGAAUGCAAAUCUGGCGAUGCGAGUGAUGAGUGAUAUCACGGACACAUACGAGCGGUUUGCAAACGCUCUAUCCCCGACACCCCCGUUCCAUGUUCUAGAACCUCGCCUAAGAUUGGCAGGUGUCUUGACGGGAGGCUGCCUUGUUUCCUUGUUCAUGUCUAGCUAUAUGCUUAUCAAAGUCAGCGGCUUUUUCCUUGGAAUUGGUUUCUUCGGGGAUCCUCUCUUGUGGCGUGUUGCAACGUACUUGAAUCGGGAGUACCCUCACUGGGAGAAACUCUUGGAACUGCAAAACUCUCUCCUCAAGGGAGUCCCUACAAAUGCCCAACUCACAGUGACCCUUCUUCGAAUCGGCGAGGCAAACACUGCACCUCUCCCACCACCACCACCCGUUGGCCUCGAAAAACCACCCUCGAGACCUGCCUCGAUCAACCACGAAGAGCUGAGCACAACCCUGGACGUUCCAGAAAGCGAGAUCGAACAAGCAGCGUCUGCUGAGCCAGCAUUCGAACCCGGCGGCACCCAUGGAGAAACAACACAGUCAUCCCCACCCAAGAAGACCUGGAUGUCAAGCAUUAUGAACGUCUUCCGCGGAACAACCGCCGCGGGGGUACGAAGCAAACUGGCCGUUGACCAUGUCAAAGCCGCCGCCGGCUCGAAAGCAGCCCGGAACCGCAUCGGCAUUCUCCGCCGCAAGGGCGGCGUCUCUCUCCCCGUGGGACCCAUCGAAUUCAACGCACGAUACCAGGGGAAACGGGGUGCUGCCGUGAUCGACUCCUCCAAGGAACAGCCAUUACUAUACUUUACUACGGACUCUACCGCCGACAGUAAUACUGACAACGCCAUCGAAGAAAGGAAAAAGGGAAGCAUCCUCUUCUCCAUGCCCGUCACUGAUAUCCGCGAAAUGCGCAAGCUAGGCGGGAUGGGCUGGAAGGGCAAAUUGGUCGUUGGGUGGGCGGUGGGUAGUAGUAAGGAAGUUGUGGACGGCCUGCUCCUCAGGGGAAGACUGCCGCACCAGGUGUUUCAGUUGACGGCGAUGCGGACGCGGGAUGAGUUGUUCAAUCGGUUGGUGGCUAUUGACGGACAGGUUUGGGAGAGCUGUUGAUUGAUUGAUGCGUGUGUUUGUGCUAAGAUUGUCCCAGGUUUGGAAAUAAUCCUACUACUGUCAUUCGAUUCUUCUUUUUGGAUCAUUCAAUAAUUUCGUUAUUGGUGGUAUCUUCACUGGUAAUGUCAAUUUCAAGGAUAUACAGAGUACAAAAACUUGGUUAUGGAUAAAGAAAAAGCAUUGAUAAGUCAUGUAUAUAUACUAUAGACUGAGAUAUACAGGCC